GAACAAGUUGAGUGGUCCAGGCUCAUGUUUACAGCGAAAACCCCAUGUUUUAAGCAGUGACACUACAAAGAUGAUCGGCCAGACAGGUCGCAAAGAUUUUUCUGCCAUCACAUUAGGUUUUGGUAGUGAGGAUUACAACAACAGUAAAGGAAGACGCAGGCAGUCGCCAGUUCGGGUAUGGAAUCGAUUGUCCCGACUUCAGCGAAGUAUCAUCUGUCUCAUGCUGGCAAUUGGUACGAUCUGUGCAGUGUACAUCAUUCCCGUGAUCUACCAUGACCUUGGCACAGUGGAUGACCUUGACAUCAGCAGGAGGAGGAUCAUGAAGGAUAACGACCAUGACUUGUUUGGCAUCAAAGACAGGAUUCAACUUGACAAGGAGAAACAAGCCAAGCUUCAAGAACUUAAAAACAAGGCACGCUUUCAGUUACAAGGGAUAAUGGCACAGGUGAAGGCAGACAUCCAGCCAAAAGAACCCCCUGGUCUGGAGGCGCGCCAAUCCCUCCAGAUGCAGGGGACAAGCAGGAGGGUCAGGACGUCCUCCAGCAGCCAAUCCCUGACGAGGAUGACAAGAAGGCGGCAGAACAAAUUUUACGCAGCUGUCUUGAGUUCUGUAUGUAAGACUGGUGUAUUUCAGAUUCCCCCAGUAGACGAGCAUGAGAAUGAUGCUAAAGAGCCAGCAGCCAAGGCAGCAAGAUAUGACUUAUUUGAGGCUGCUAAGCACCAGACAGACAAGCAGAAGGCCGUGGUGGCGGCGUUCCGUCAUGCCUGGAAAGCCUACAAGAAGCACUCGUGGGGUCAUGAUGAGCUGCACCCUAUCAGUAAAACUCACUCUGAGUGGUUCGGGGUGGGACUCACUCUGGUUGACUCACUGGACACCAUGGCCAUCAUGGGGCUGAGAGAAGAGUUUGAUGAAGCAAAGGAGUGGGUUAAGACGAACCUGAACUUCAACGUGAACCGAGACGCCAACUUGUUCGAGAUCACCAUUCGCAUCCUGGGCAGCUUGCUCAGUGCCUACCAUCUGUCAGGGGAAGACAUCUUCAAGGAGAAAGCGAUUGACCUUGGCAACCGCCUCAUGCCAUGUUUCAACACGGGGUCGAAGGUUCCGUAUUCUGACGUGAACCUGGCAUCAGGACGAGCACACGCCCCCCGCUGGGGUCCGGACAGCAGCACAUCGGAGGUCACUACCAUACAGCUGGAGUUCAGGGACCUCAGUCGCAUCUCAGGGGAGAAGAAGUUCGAGGACAUUGUACACGAGGUGUCCAUGCAUGUACACAGCCUGCCUAAGACCAGUGGUUUGGUUCCAAUCUUCAUCAAUGCUCAGAGUGGCAACUUCCGCCAGUCUGGCACCAUCACGGUGGGGGCACGUGGUGACAGCUACUAUGAAUACCUACUUAAACAAUGGAUACAGAGCGGCAAGAAGCUGGAUGUCUUUAAGGAUGACUACGUAGAGGCUAUUGCUGGAAUGAAAGAGAAGUUAGUGCGAAGGUCGGAGCCCAGCAAGCUCCUGUUUGUGGGAGAGCUCCUCAGUGGGCGCUCCUUCAGCCCAAAGAUGGACCACCUGGUGUGUUUCCUGGGCGGGACCCUGGCACUGGGCAGCUAUUAUGGACUAGGGGAGGAUCACAUGGACUUCGCCAAGGAGCUGACGCACACAUGUUACCAGACAUACAACAAGAUGCCCACCAAACUCAGCCCUGAGAUCACCUACUUUAACAUGGCACCGGGGGCACAGGAGGAUCUCAUUGUCAAGCCUCUGGAUGCCCACAACUUGCUGCGCCCCGAGACGGUGGAGAGUCUGCUGUAUCUGCAUCGACUCACGGGGGACAAGAAGUACCGCGAGUGGGGCUGGCAGAUCUUCCUGGCAUUUGAAAAAUACACCAAGAUCCCCGAUGGGGGCUACUCAUCCAUAAACAACGUGAAGAACAUGGGCAGUCCAGGAUUUAAAGAUAAAAUGGAGAGUUUCUUUUUAUCAGAAACUUUAAAAUAUUUAUAUUUAUUGUUUAGUGAUGAUCCGAAAGUUAUAUCUUUUGAUGACUAUGUGUUUAACAGCGAAGGCCAUCCCUUGCCCAUCAACUGGACGUAGCAGUGCUGUGAAGGUUAAAUAGUUCACUUAUUGUAUUUAAUACAAGCAUAUCUGGUGGAUUGUUUCACUGUUACCAUGUGAUUGUUGAAAGAGCAGUUUGGGCUGUCUUUGCAGAUGCAAAUCAUUACUGGUAAUUUAUGCAAGCUCCUUUUUUUAUUACUGAAUGAAUUUUUUAUCCUUAAAUUAGAAAUACUCAAAAAUAACAAUGAAUAUUCUGAUUUGAAUGGAAUUUUUAAUCAAGUCAAAGAGUAAAUUCUCCUCCAUAUCAGGUUUUGCUGUAAAAUAACUUAGCAAAAGAUGUUUCAGAAAAUCUUUAUUCCAGGUUUGUGAAAUGCUUGCUACAAAACCCUGUUCCUGUUGAAACAGAUAUUAAGCUGAAUACUGACUUCUUCCAAACUUUGGGGCAUUGGGUAGCCUAGUGGUUAAAGCGUUUGCUCAUCACACUGAAGACCCUUGUUUGACUCCCCACCCUGCCUUGAUAUUGGUGGAAUAAAGUGGUGUAAAGUUAUACUCACUCACUCUCUCUCCCAAAUGUGAGUGAACAUACAAGAAAUGUUCAGACUAUAUGUAUUUUAAAUUUUUAACAU